AUGAGCCCAAAAAUAUCCCACUAAUCAUACAUAUCAGACUAUUCUUUGUUAGACUUGAGUGAGGAAGUAGUAAAUCUGUACUAUUGGAAGAUUAUGAAAGUAAGAUUGAUUCUCUUGCAAUUAAUAUUUUAUUGCCACUCAUAGUUUACACUAAUAACAAUUUAUUACCAGAGCCUAAUUAUAAAAAUCAUCCCUCUAUGCCUUACGGAGAUGUCUAUAGAAAGUUACUUAAUUUUUGAAAUUAAUUAAUAAUUUUUUCUAAACUACCGAAUGUAUAGAACGAAUUUAUUAUAUUUAAAACUUGGCGAAUAAAUGCACUCCCAGAAGUUAGAGAGUAAUUCUUUGCCUAACCAAAUAAUCUGA